AUGAAGUUUUCCAGCAGCACUGAUGCAGCGCAUAAGUAGUGUUCGCCUCCACCUCCAACUCCAACUGCUCUUCACAUAUAUAAGUUACACAUCGCCUGCAAAACUUACGUCCCUGAAUGCACCUUUGGAUAACGGACCUGCUUGUUUACUAGGAACACAAAGCGUGUGUUGAAGUGCGCUGGUCUUGUGGAGUACAGAGAAACACUCCAGCAUCAGGAUGAGAGCGAUUAACUUGGACGCGUACAACCUCUCUCUGCUGACCGCUAAAGAAGACAUCCUCAACCCGCGAGCAUCCACAAACUGGGCUUUAUUUACAUAUGAGGGUGUGACCAACAAUCUCAAACUCACAGAUUCAGGAGCUGGAGGUUUGACAGAAUUGGUUGGGAAAUUUCACAGCAGCAGGCCAAUGUAUGGCCUCUGCAGGGUGGGACUGACAGAAACAGGACAACCACAGAUUGUCAUGGUCUGCUGGGUUGGCAAUAAUGUGGAUGAGCACCGCAGAACUGAAUGUGUCAGCCAUGUGCCUGCCAUCAAGACCUUCUUCAAGGAAGCUCAAGUAUUUAUUACAGCCUCAGAGCAAGAUGAGGUGACAGAGGAGCUGAUUACGGCUGCUUUUGCAAAGAUUCGACCACCAAUGGAGAGGCUGAGGAGAACCUCAAGGACGAUGGAUAAGGAGGAGACUGUGGGUACAAACUACAAGAAGACAAAUGCUGCCAUGGAGAUGAGACGGAUUAACAGAGACUCCUUCUGGGCACGAGCAGAGCGUGAGGAGGAGGAGAGAAAGGAGGAAGUACGUCGGAGGGCUGUAGAAGACCGACGGCGCUGGGAGAGAGAACGAAUUCUACUGGAAAAAAAAGAGGCUGAAGAGAGAGACAGAAAGAUGACCGAAAAGCUAGAGAUGUUUGAAGAACAAAGAAGGAUCCAGGCUCAGCUUGAGAAAGAGGCUAAAAAAGAGGAAAACGCGAGAUGGGAGCAGCAGCAGAGGGAGCAUGAGGAGGACAUGAGGGCCCGGCUCAGACGCAGCGAGUCCAUUGAGAAAGCAGCAGAGGCAGCAGCACUUGUUUCCCAGCGCACCAUCAAUCCCAGAGAGUUUUUCAGGCAGUUAUCGGCAACCUCGCAAAAUUCUUCAAGCCCUGGUUCACCACGUUCAGGCAAAUCUCCAUUCCGUCGCUACCAACGCAGUUUGACAGACACAGCCUUCAUCUUUGAAAGGGCCAAUUCCACUUCUGGUCCCACAUCCCCUCUCAGUCCGUCUGCCAGGUCUCCGUUCUCACGCAGCCCAUCCACAUCCUCCAAAUGUCCAGCGUCCCCACUUAGUCCACCGUACCGGACGAUCCCCUCACCACAGCGCCCUCAAACAUCUCCUCCCACAUCACCUCCCCCACGCUCUGUCCCACCUGUAUCACCUCUACCCAGUCUGCCUGUCUCCAGAGCCCCUCCACUCCACCGGCCACCUCCUCAAGCCCCAGUCCACGAUUCAGCUUCCCCUGCAUCUCCAAAGCUGCUGGAUUGUCCAGAUAAAUCUGAGUCUUGCAACUAUGACAGCAGUGAAGAACUUGCUGUCGCAACAGAAUGUCCUCCAGCUUCACUCACAGAAGACCCACUGCACACUAUGGAGCUUGUAACCAGCUCUCGAAUCCUGUGUGAACCAAAGCCAGAAGUGGACUUCACUGCCAAGGCUGUGCUUGUCGAAGAAGAGGUAGAGGAACUAGAGGAACCUUCAGCCAUGUCAGCUCCACCUUCAGAUACAAAUAUCACCACAAACUAUGAAGAAGCCGUUGAAGAACAAUUGGAGCCUGAGGAUGUGCAGACUGGCAUCAGCCCCCUGGUGGAGGUUGAGGAGCAAGAGGAACCAGAGUCAGAGUCUGAGGAUGAACCUGAGGAGCAGCCUGCUGCAGAAUCUGAGGAAUUACUGGCAAAUGUGGACCAUUUAGCACCUGAAGAGCCCAGAAAUGUGGUACCAAUCUCAGAUGAUGAAGUUGAGGAGGACCUACCAGAGAGCCAAGAGUCAUGUGUGAAGGCAUCAGAGUAUGAAGAAGAUGGAUCUGAAUGUGGCAGACCACUGAAUGGGACAGUAGAGGAUGUUGAUGUAUCUGAGCACAGCACACCUGAGCGGUACUGUUAUAUGGUUAAUCGUGAGGAGGAAGAUGACGAUGAAAUCCAGACGGAGGUGGUGACUGAGAACGGCGAAUCAUCAGCAGAAAGACUUCUGCAUGUGAGAGCAUUAUAUGACUACCAAGCAGAGGAUGACACUGAGCUCUCAUUUGAACCUGGUGAUAUCAUCAGUGAUGUGGAAACAAUCGACAAAGCGUGGUGGAGGGGCUCCAGUAAAGAUGGACGCCAGGGUCUCUUUCCCGCCAACUAUGUUGAGACCAUCUAAAGACUUUUCCUUUUCCUCUUCAUUUUUUACCAAGUUCUCAGGGACCAAGAACCACAAAACCCGGUCUAUGAGGAUGUACCAUGUACUCUGAGACUAAGAGUCACAGGAAAAGGGUUGCAAGUGAAGCGUUCACUGGCACAACUUGGCCAACGAUUCCUUUUGCUCUAAAACAAACAGCCAAAGUCGAAUAUUGAGACUUUAGUGAUCAUCAACUGCCAGACUGAGGAUUCUCACUUGAUUGUACACAAAUGAUCCUUUUAUUAUUUACACAUUACAUCAUUUAUUAUUUUACAUACCGUUGUUACUGUUAUCAUUACUAAAUGAUACCAAAGGUGGUGGAGGUGUCUGCUGAGAACAGAUUUCAGUUUAUGUUGAGGCCUUUACACAUAAAUCCAGCUUAUACAGUCACAUGUCAGUUGGUCCUGAGUAUAGAAACGAGUUUAUUUUUUCCUUUUUUUUUGAGAACUAGUACUAUGUCAUAGUACCAGUAAAACGUGUUGAUAAUGUAGGUUUAAUACUUGUAACGUGUCAUGUUUUUUUUAAAGCAGAGAUGUGUUUACAGCAUUCUGAAUAGCAUACCUGUCAUACCUGCAUACAUACAUACAUGGUUAAAAAAUGAUGGUUAAAAAAAUGAGUGUUAUUAUUACAAGCAGAUACCCUUAAGACUGAGCUUGGCAGCCAUUACAUGUUUUUAAAUGCUCUGAACCUUCCGUCAAAAUUAAAUUCUUCCACCUUUCUACCGUUUGAAAGUUUGGGGUCGGUAAGAUUUGAGAUGUUAUUGAAAGAAGUCUCUAAAGC